AUGCUAAAAAUCAUCAUUCCCACAAUCCUUCUUGCCCCCCUUAUAUGAUUCUCAAAACCCUCUAUAAUUUGAAUCAACCCCUCAAUUCAUAGUUUAAUAAUUAGCCUAAUUGUUCUUCUCACAUUAAAUCGUCCUACAAACACAGAUUUAAUUUUUUCACUAGCCUUCUUCACAGACCCUUUAUCCUCUCCUCUAUUAAUCUUAACAGCAUGACUACUACCUCUCAUAAUCAUGGCAAGCCAGAGUCACUUAACCCAAGAACCAUUAAUCCGAAAGAAACUGUAUAUUCUCAUAUUAAUCUCACUACAAUCCUUUCUAAUUAUAACUUUUUCCGCCACUGAACUAAUCAUAUUCUAUAUCCUAUUUGAAGCUACCCUAAUUCCUACACUCAUUAUUAUCACUCGAUGAGGAAAUCAAACUGAACGAUUAAAUGCAGGACUAUAUUUUUUAUUCUAUACCUUAGUAGGUUCUCUGCCCUUGUUAGUAGCAUUAAUUUAUAUUCAAAAAUCUACCGGAUCCUUAAACUUCAUUAUUUCAGUAUACCAGUCAUCUGUCCUCCCCAUAUCCUGAACAAAUCAUAUCCUAUGAUUAGCAUGUAUUAUAGCCUUUAUAGUUAAAAUACCCCUAUAUGGUUUACAUCUUUGAUUACCAAAAGCCCACGUCGAAGCUCCCAUCGCCGGCUCUAUAGUUUUAGCCGCUAUUCUACUAAAACUUGGCGGAUACGGAAUGAUCCGAAUUUCAACUCUUCUGCAUCCUGUCACAAGUAACAUAGCCUAUCCCUUUAUUAUACUAUCCUUAUGAGGUAUAAUUAUAACAAGUUCAAUCUGCUUACGACAAACAGACUUAAAAUCUCUCAUCGCUUACUCAUCAGUAAGUCACAUAGCAUUAGUAAUUGUAGCAAUUAUGAUUCAAACCCCCUGAAGCUUUAUAGGAGCCACAGCACUAAUAAUCGCUCACGGACUAACAUCCUCUAUACUGUUUUGUUUAGCAAACACCAACUAUGAACGAAUUCAUAGUCGAAUUAUAACAUUAGCUCGAGGCUUACAGUCUAUCCUCCCCCUCAUAGCAACAUGAUGAGUUCUAGCAACCCUGACCAAUCUGGCCCUCCCACCCUCCAUUAACUUAAUUGGUGAAUUAUUUAUUAUUAUAGCAUCAUUUACUUGAUCUAAUAUUUCAAUUAUCUUAACUGGAAUUAACAUAUUAAUCACAGCUCUCUACUCACUGUAUAUAUUAAUUACAACACAACAAGGAAAAUUCACAUAUCAUACAUUAAAUAUUAGCCCUUCCUUUACACGAGAAAAUACACUUAUAUUUCUUCACCUUUUUCCACUUAUCAUUCUAUCAACAAAUCCUACCAUUAUUCUGGGUCAUUUAUACU